UGAAUCGGUCUGAAACAUAGCAAUCUUUCUGAUUAGUAUUGAAAUCUUUUGAUGAUCAACCCCAUCAACAUUUUGAGUGUAUUUUUUUUCAAUCGAGAUUCACAAACAAGUUAUUAAAUUGCUUGAUGCUUGCAUCUUGCUACUCCUUGAGUACCUCAAGGUGGAAUCUUAAAACUAAUCUUCAAAGAUAUAGGGCCUACAUGUUUUGUAUAUUAAAGUCACAAACCUAAAAUUUAUCUAUAAGUAUCGUUUAGGAGGUAAAAUUUUAAAUACUAUUCAUACUGCUUUCUGGAAGCAUCAAAGCUCGACCUCCUUGCUGGAACUAAGCCCUCUUUCACGGUCUGCUUUUAAUGUAUGCAAAUCUGCAUGGAAUUUCGGCUUGAAUUGCCAUUAACCGGUGUAAUUAGAUGUGCGGUCACAGAACAUCCUGCCACAGUUCAACGAGUUAAGGAGAAUCAGAAGGCAGAAGCUCAAAAGAAUUUUUACGGUUGAUAUUGGUGUACCCCUCCCUCUGAAACCCAUUCAUGAAACCCAUUCAUGAAAAUCUAUGAGAAAUUCAAAUACCCUAACCCAUUGAUUGCUUUCAUGGCAUCAUCGUAUUGUAAACCCCCCCCCCCCCCCAUCCCCUAAUUCAGCUCCAUACCUCUCACUAUAACUCCUUUUAAAGCUGGUGACACCCCUCCCCCAAGAGCACGUUAGUAUUCCAAAUUAGGGCUCGACACUAGCGCCGGUCCGACGGUCCCAGACCGGUAAAAAUCACUGUCGGACCAGUAGAUUUUCAGAAAUAGCAAGAUUUACUGGUCCGACAUGACCAGUAAAAAAUAUCAUUGUCGGGCCAGUAAUUUUUCCAAAAAUAGCAAGAUUUAUGGGUCUGACAUAAACAGUAAUAAAAACUAUUGUUGGGCCGUAACUUUUUCAGAAAUGGUCAAAUUCGCUAGUCCAACAUAAACAUGAAAAAUAUUCCAUGACUCAAAUUGCGAACCAUUUUCCUCCCGUUAAAUUCUGGCAUUCACACACAGAACACACACAGAAUGAAUCGCAUGCAAUUUUUGAUAGGGUAACAUACAGUGUACACCCAGUACACGUGGCUAGCCAGCCACACAGCACAUGGCAAAUUUCCUACUGGCUGCACGAACGAAGCUUGGCUAACCUCUGGCAGAAAUCUCUCUCAGAACUGUCAAAAUUCACAUUUCACACUAAUGAAAAGCUCUUAUAAUGUCCAUAUUUCCUAAAAAUUUGCCAAAAUUGGGGUAACUCUGUCAUUUGUAAGCAGUAAAAGGAGAAAUUUUCACUUCUGUUUUAGUUCAAAGAGAUCGGGUUUCGAGUGAUAUCGUCUGAAUACAUGAUAGCCCCACAUAUGCAUUUGUGUGUGUGUUGAUACACUUGUACCCUUUUUACACAGGAUUUUCUUAGCCCCGGACUAUCGCUAACCCCGUACUAUCCUUAACCCCGUACUAUUUUUUUCUCCUUUUUACACAUUCCAAAUUGUUAUUGCUAACCCCGGAUAAGGAAUGCUUGCUUUUCACACACGAAACUCGCUAACCCCGGACUAGUGGUUUUUGUCGAUCAUUCGUAGUACAAGUACUGCACUCGUACCUUUUUACACACGCUACAAUUUCCUUAACCCCGUACUAUAGGUGGGGCCAAAUUGCCAUUUAGCCCCACCUAUAGUACGGGGUUAAGCUUAGCCCACUUUCGUUUUACACUAGCGAUUUUAACCCCGUACUAUCGCUCUUAGCACCGCAAUUGCUGGGAUAACCCUGCUUUUUUGCAGGGCCAAAUAAUCCCGUACUAAAGGUGGGGUUAGCCCACUUUGCAAAAAUGCUGUGUAAAAAGAAAGUGGGCUAAGCUUAACCCCGUACUAUAGGUGGGGCUAAAUGGCAAUUUAGCCCCACCUAUAGUACGGGGUUAAGGAAAUUUUAGCGUGUGUAAAAAGGGUAUUGGUUUCUUUCGUAGCUAGUACUAGUAUAUUUUAAUUGAGCCAAAAAGAAACUGAUAAUUUAUUUAUGAUGAUAGUUUUAGCUUUCUUCCUUUGUUUUCUUUCAAUCUUUCUUUCCUUCUUUCUAUUCAAUCUUUCUUUGUUUCUUCCCUCUCUUCUUUUACUGUCUUUCUUUUUUAAUUUUCCCUUUUUCUUUGUCUUUUGUUCUUUCAUUCUUUCUGUCCUGUUAAUAUUUUUCUCUAUUUCUAAUGCUCUUUCUUUUUCUUUCUUUUUUGAUUUCCUUCUUUCUUUAAUUCUUGAGUCCAUCCAUCCUAUAUUUAUCUCUUCUUUCUUUCUUCAUUUCCUUCCUUCUUUUCCCCUUUCUUUCCUUCAUUCUUUGUUACUUUCUUUCUUUCCUCAUUCCAUCCAUCCUUUCUUUACCCUUUCUUGUUUUUAUUCCUUCUUUCAGCCCUUUCUCUCUUUCAUUCCUUCCUUUCUUCUUUGUCUUUUGUUCUUUCUUUUUCUCCUUUGUUCCAUCUAUCCUUUUACCUUUUCUUUCUUCCUUUUAUUUACUGCUUGCUUCCUUUCCUUUCUUUCUUUGAAGUUUGGUCUUUCUUUUUUGUUCUUCCUUUCAUUUAUUCUUUUACAUUUUCUUUUUUUUUUAUAUUGCUUGCUUGCUUCCUUCCUUCUUUAUUCCUUCCCAACAUUCCUUUUUCCUUCUAUCAUUUUCCCUUUUCUUGAUUUCUUCCUUCUUUCAAUCCUUUCUUUCUGUUUUCCUUCUUUCCAUCUCUCCUUUUACCCUUUCUUUCUUUUUUUAUUCCUUCUUUCUUUCUUUCUUUCAUUACUUUGUCUUUUGUUCUUUCUUUCUAUAUUGCUUGCUUCAUUUCUUUCCUUCUUUCCUUCAUUCUUUUUUUCUUUUGUUCUUUCUUUCCUUCCUUUCCUUCUUUGGUUUUUUUUUUCCUUCCUUCACAUUUUUUCUUUACUUUUUUCUUCCUUCAUUUCUUUUAUUCUUUCUUUUUUCCUUCUUUCCAUCUCUCCUUUUACCCUUUCUUUCUUGUUUUAUUGCUUCUUUCCUUCUUUCUUUUUAUUUUUUCAUUACUUUCUGUCUUUUGUUUUUUCUUUCUUUAUUGCUUGCAUCAUUUCUUUCCUUCUUUUUUUUUUUUCUUUCUUUCUUUCUUUCUUUCUUUCUUUCUUUCUUUCUUUCUUUCUUUCUUUCCUUCCUUUUUUUCUUUCGUUCUUUCUUUCUUAUUUUUGUUCUUUCUUUCCUUCCUUUCCUUCUUUCUUUCUUUAGUUCUUUCUUUUUUUCCUUCCUUCACAUCUAUCCUUUCUUUACCUUUGCUUUUUUCUUCCUUCCUUCCUUUCUUUUAUUCUUUCUUCCUUUCUUUCUUUUUGUCUUUCAUUCAUUCAUUCCUUCAUUUUUUUUUUGGGGGGGGGGGGGAAAAUGACAGGUGUAUAUGGCUCUAUGUACAUAUCAAUAACUGUAAAGAGAGACAUUCAGUGUCACUAAAUUGGCACCAGUUUCUGAGUUGUUUCAAAGUAAAUCCCAUGACACCUGCUACAGGAAUAAUCUUAUUUUCACCAAUUGGUUCCAAAUCUAGACAACUUUCGGUCAUAUCAACGUACUGACGAGUAGAUGGAAUUGAGUGACUAAAUAAUUCAAUUUUGUACCUGAUCUUGGUACUUCAAAAUAAUCUCAAUUCUGAAUUACUAUAAUGGAUGCAUACUUUCUUAAACUAAAAUCUUCACUUUCAAUGGGUUACACUUCUACAUGUAUAUAUAUCAUAACCUAAUAUCCUUAAAUUUAGUUAAUCAAAUAAUUCCUGAUAUUUUAAUAUAUCAUUCUCAAGGCCUUUUGUCUCAUUUGGCCAAGGGUAAAGACUUUAAAAUUCAUGAUAUAUUUUGUCAGUUACUUUGAAGGUCAUCUGUUACGACUCCAGCCUUGGCCAUAAAAUGUUGUGUUGGGAUGGAGAAAAAUAAAUUAAACAGAAUGCUGAAGGUUUGAAAGAAAUCGGACAAGCAAUAAGAAAGUUAUAGCUGCUUUAAAUUUGAGAUCACUAAUAGUAUGUAGAUUUCAAAUUGGCAACUGGGUAAGUAAAUUAUGACAAGGGGCAAGGACAACUUUCCCAUAGGCCAUGUACUUUAUUAUCAGGGAUUUGUGGUUUUCUUUUAAGUACCCAUUCCCCUGGGGCAGUAAUCUGAAUAUUACCCAGGUAGUAUAUUGUUUAAUGUCCUCAUGAAAGAUAAAUGUAAUUUGAAAUAAAACUUUUGGGAAAAAUGACAUUUUAGCCAUAAUAUGUAUUGGAGUACAUGGAAGAGUAGUCCUUGCCUUAUAUCACUAUGACAUCCCAUAUGUGGCCAAUUUGAAGUCUCCAUGAGUUUAGUGAUUACCAAUAUUUACAACUUUUAAAAAUUCAUAGCUUUCUUGUUGUUUGUCCAAUAUUGUUCAAACUUUCACCUAUCAACUAACCUGAUUUUUCUUUUUCUUAUAA